GGGAUGAAGGUGACGUCCCUGGACGGCCGGCAGGUGCGGAAGCUGCUCCGCCGGGGGUCGUCCCGCUGCCUGCUGCUGGACUGCCGGCCCUACCUGGCCUUCGCCGCCUCCUGCGUCCGGGGCUCGCUCAACGUCCACCUCAACUCGGUGCUGAUCCGCCGCGCCCGGGGCGGCCCGGUGCCCGUCCGCUUCGUGGUGCCCGACGAGGCGGCCCGGGCCCGGCUGCUGCGGGACGACGGGGCCCCGGGCGGGGAGGGGGAGGGGGCGGGGGCGGCCGCCGUCGUCGUCGUCCUGGACCAGGCCACCCGCCACUGGCAGAAGCUGCGGAAGGACAGCACGGCGCACAUCGUGCUCAGCACGCUGCUCAGCGGCCUCCCGGCCGCCCCCAAAGUCUGCUUCCUCAGAGGAGGAUAUGAGACCUUUUACUCACAGUAUCCUGAGUGUUGCGUGGAUGUAAAACCCAUUUCACAAGAGAAAAGCGAAACUGAGAAAAACCUCAUCAAUCACUGUGAGAGGCAGAACAUUAGCCACAAACCGGCUUACGACCAGGGUGGUCCUGUUGAAAUCCUCCCAUUCCUCUACCUUGGUAGUGCCUACCAUGCUUCCAAGUGUGAGUUCCUAGCAAAUCUUCACAUCACUGCCCUGCUCAAUGUCUCCAGGAAAAGUUCAGAAUCCUGCAUGGAACAGUAUCACUAUAAGUGGAUCCCAGUGGAGGACAACCACAUGGCCGAUAUCAGCUCCCAUUUUCAGGAAGCAAUAGACUUCAUUGACUGCGUCAGGCGAACCGGAGGCAAGAUCUUGGUCCACUGCGAAGCCGGAAUCUCCCGUUCCCCCACCAUCUGUAUGGCUUAUCUCAUGAAGACCAAAAAAUUCCGCUUGGAGGAGGCUUUUGAUUACAUCAAGCAACGUAGGAGUAUGAUCUCACCCAACUUUGGUUUCAUGGGCCAGCUGCUGCAGUAUGAGUCAGAGAUCCUGUCUUCCACUCCCAACCCCCCGGUUGCUUCUUGCAAAAGGGAGGCUGUGUCUUUUUUCGCAGAAGAACUGACUCUAAGCCAGGGAUUUGAAGGCUCUUGUUAUACGUUUCCUACCUCGGUGCUGACCACAGUGCCCAUCCACUCUCCAGUCCAUCAGCUGAAGCUGAGCCCCAUCGCUGCCUCGUCAUCGUGCUGAGGCGCGGGUUCUCUGGCCCCAACUGUGAUUUUUUCCAAAUGAGGACAUUUCAUAGAUGUGCAAUACUGAAGACCUCGCUGAUUUCAUCCCAACCAGAACUGUGGCAGUAGAGGCUUCGCUGUCUAUAGGAAACGGAAACGCUUAUACGCCCAACCCGGGUUUUUCAACAACCCAACUGGCCGUAGGGACACGGACUCUCUUCAGUUUUCCCGAGAAGACACCCAGCCAUCUGUGUUUCACUGAUGUGCAUUGACUACUGUACUUCCAGACCAAAAGCUUCCCAGGGUCGGGACUCCCUGUCCCUCAGGACUGCUUAAUCCCAUCUCUUGCCUUUUUCCUGUCCAAAUGUCGGCAAUAAACGGCUGCAUUGUGGAAGAACGAGCAAUGUCGGCCGGUGGGGUGGAGGUGGGGGGGAAGAGAGAGGUGAGGGGAGAAGGCACGAAAUAAGCCAAUUCUUUUUGAAGGAAGCACAAUUGUCAUCUUACCCUUCUUAGGUGGCAGGAACUGGAACUUUGGCUGCAUCUGCCUAUUUUUUUGCCUGUUGCUUCAGGGUCUAAACUGAUCACCAGCUGGAAUCAGGAAAAUAAAUCUCUCCACAUGGGAUGUAGGCCUGCCCCACUUGAUACAUUUUGUGUGGCUGGCUUACACCUUUCUCCGGAGAGUCUCACUAGUUGCUGCCUGAGACAGACAAUCAGAGUAGCAGAGUAGAGAUCUGUUGCAUUUUGGCAGAUCACUGUGUUUCUGCAUUUCCCACUGCUUUAGCUUUAAAACUCCCAAAACAUUUGGGAAUUUUAACUGAAGAAACUGGGCCGGGCUGGUCCAUCUUAUCCAGCACCUUUAACUGCAUGGCCCUCUUAAUACUUGAAUGUCUCUCGACACCACACUAAGCAAAGCAACUCUUCCAUCAUUUUCAAACAGCAACUACCGGAUCUUAGACCAAAAAUUCCCCACCACCCCCUAUUUUAAAAGUGUUACCUACUCGUAUCCUGUGGGCCAGUGGCAUAGAAUUUCUGCGUUUCUAGCUUGCUGUUGUCGUACGUACAUAUCUGUGUUCACUUUGUGUUUGUUCUCGUGCAACUGUUUCAUUUUCUAUCCCGGGGGGGUGUCUUUGAGCUGUUUGCUUCUGUAGUUCCCAGAUCUGCAGGGGCUCCAACACUGUAGUUCUCUUCACAUUUGUCAGUUAUUUCUACAGGGGGAAACGGCAAUAAUUUCCUGAAGCAAAUAUGUGACUGUGAAAGAAAGAUGACAUGUGGUUGUGUGUUUUUUAUAGUGUAAAAUAAAAAUUGAAACAAAAAAA